AUGGUGAGGCGGACGGCGGUACUGGGCGGCCUGCUCCUCCUCGCGGGGGGCGCCGCCGCUAGUGGCAACAGGAGCCAGCGCUGCCAGGACGGCCUCCUCAUCCCAGCCUGGCGCCCCAUCACCGGUAUUGCUCCCAUCGAGAGGGUCACUCGCGGUCUCGUAUAUUUCUUUCUCAUGCUUUACCUCUUCAUCGGAGUCUCCAUCGUGUCUGAUAGAUUCAUGUCGGCUAUCGAAGUAAUUACCUCUCAGGAGCGUAAGGUGACCAUCCGGACCCGAGGUGAGAAGAAGACUGUCUCUGUUAGAGUUUGGAAUGAGACCGUGGCUAAUCUCACCCUCAUGGCAUUGGGUUCCUCCGCACCCGAAAUCCUAUUGUCUAUAAUUGAAAUCUGGGGAAAAAAUUUCGAAGCUGGGGAUCUGGGGCCUGGGACUAUCGUCGGUUCGGCAGCUUAUAACCUUUUUGUUAUCAUUGCCAUUUGCGUAGCCGUUAUCCCCGAAGGAGAGACUCGGAAAAUAAAACAGUUGGGAGUUUUUUUCGUAACGUCUGCCUGGUCGGUUUUCGCAUAUAUAUGGCUCUACUUGAUAUUAGAAGUUUUUUCUAGAGGCGUUGUCGAAGUGUGGGAAGGCAUACUCACUUUCAUGUUUUUCCCCCUUACUGUUCUGACUGCUUAUAUGGCAGACAGGAAGAUACCGAUAUACAAGCUCCCUUUGAUGCUGUUCAGUAUCAAAAGCCAUCGAGCAGUAGGAGCUGCAGAAAAUGUGGAUAUAGAGUUGUCUAGAACGAAACCUGGCAGCUUCGAAGAAAUCCUAGAACACGCCAGGCAACAUUCAGCUAAUGUUUUGAAAGACCUUAGACGGGAACACCCCGAAAAGACUUUGGCAGAAUUGAAAGUUAUGGCACAGGAGAGGAUCGAGCUGUCUGGGCCUAAGAGUCGUGCUUUUUACAGAAUCCAAGCUACGCGGAGUCUUACUGGUGGCAGUAUCUGUCAGCGAAAUGUUCGAGAAUCGUCUCUACCCGAUGACCGAGAGAGUACAAUGGACAUUUUCGAUGAUACGACUUACGUACGAUUUGAACAGUCGGAAUAUGUUGUGCUAGAAAAUGUUGGUAAUGUGGUAGUGAAGGUCGUCAUUGAAGGGCCUGGGCUGAAUGUGCCCCUUUUAGUUGAUUAUCAAUCUGAAGACGGUACGGCGAACGCAGGUUCCGAUUAUUUGGCUGUGUCUGGCACACUGAUUUUCAAACCAGGUCAACAAGAACAGUAUUUUAAAGUUAAGAUUAUCGAUGAUGACGUUUUCGAGGAAGAUGAGCACUUUCUCGUUAGACUGUCGAAUGUACGCCUUCAAGGGGCUAAAGCAAACGGUUUGAGUGGCUUCAAGCUGGGUGAGCCAAGCAUCCUUAAGGUGACCAUUCUCGAUGACGAUCAUAGCGGUAUAUUUGGUUUCCUUGAACGUCGCGUUGAAGUUAGUGAAGCUUGUGGAGUGUACCAUGCUGUAGUCGAAAGACGUACCGGUGCACGCGGAAGAGUUAGCCUCCCUUUUACCACUCAGGAGGGGACAGCCCACGAUGGGAAAGACUACGUAGCUACCUCUGGCCGACUUCUCUUCGAAAACAACGAAUCAAGGUCGUACGACACUGAUAAAAGAGAUAAGCAGGUCAUGUUGUUUGAAAUAAGUAUCUUGCGACAGAAGUAA